GGGAGCAGCUUGCCAAACUGGGGACGAUGGGACAGCCCACAGACCUCUUAGCCAUUCCCCCAGGUAUCACCUCAGACAAUGGGGGAGGGGAGUGUCAUCUCCGGGCUGGACGUCUCCUACAAGCCGUCGAAUUGCCAAAUCGUUGCGUCGCGAGAGUGCUUCUGAGGUUAGGGCUGAGGGCUAAUUGAAGAGAAAGAAAGAAGCUGGAACUCUUGCAGUGAUUGUAGAUUCAGACCAUCGUGGACCAGCAUGCAAUCCCAGGACAAGGCACGUUAGGGUCCUCUCUCCUAACGCGUCCUCCUACGGGUGAACUUUGUCUCCCGGCAGGGCAGAUUUCUUAGGCUCUCCUUCUCUUCCCUCUGCAGCGCUCUGACGUGCACACCAUGUGACAGGCUUCCUGCUAUAAGCCGAGGCAAGAUCCGCCCUCUCCCGGACUCAGCCCUUGCCUCGCCGAGCGCCGUUCCCAGACUCUCUCCAGUCCUGCACCCUCCUGGGCGCCCGAACGCGAACUGCUCGCCCGGGGCCCCGCCGCCCACUCGCCAACAGACCGGGUGAGAGGCUUUCCGAGAGGGGAAGGUCAAGUGCCCGCCCGGGCUCAGGGCGCGCGGAGCCAGGGUAGUCCAGAGACCGCGCGGCUACCGCGGCGGCGCAGGAGUUACAAAGUCGCGGCUCAAGCCUCGGCCGCCGCCGGGCAGCCCCUGCGCCGCGUGAGCAGCGGCGGCGCCCCAGCGUGGCGCCCCCGGGCCGGGCCCGCCGCCCGGGACCCGGGCUGGGGCGCGGCGGGAGCCCGGAGCCCGGCGCCCCUAUGCACCGCCUCGCCGCCGCCGCGCUCCAGCCAUGACCCUGAGCGCGGAGAUGUCCGAUGCCUCUGGCCUCGCCGAGGAGACAGACAUCGACGUGGUGGGGGAGGGCGAGGACGAAGACGACGAGGAAGAAGAGGACGACGACGAGGGCAGCGGUGGCGGGCCCCGACUGGCUGUCCCCGCGCGGCGGCGGCGGCGGCGGCGCUCGUACGCCGGCGAGGACGAGCUGGAGGACCUGGAGGAGGAGGAGGACGACGACGACCUCUUGCUGGCCCCGCGGACAGGGGGCUCCCCGCCGCCCCAGGGCCCAGCCCCGGCGGCCGGGGCCGGGGCCGGGGCGGGCGGCAGCGCGGGCGCGGGCGGCGGCGGCGGCGGCGCGGGCGGCGGCGCCAAGAACCCGCUGGUGAAGCCGCCCUACUCAUACAUCGCGCUUAUCACCAUGGCCAUCCUGCAGAGCCCCAAGAAGCGGCUGACGCUGAGCGAGAUCUGCGAGUUCAUCAGCGGCCGCUUCCCCUACUACCGCGAGAAGUUCCCCGCCUGGCAGAACAGCAUCCGCCACAACCUGUCGCUCAACGACUGCUUCGUCAAGAUCCCCCGCGAGCCCGGCAACCCCGGUAAGGGCAACUACUGGACGCUCGACCCCGAGUCCGCCGACAUGUUCGACAACGGCAGCUUCCUGCGGCGGAGGAAGCGCUUCAAACGGCAGCCGCUGCUGCCGCCCAACGCCGCCGCCGCCGAGUCGCUGCUGCUGCGCGGCGCGGGGGGCGCGGGGACCGCGGGAGACCCUGCCGCGGCGCUCUUCCCGCCCGGGCCCCCGCCGCCGCCGCACGCCUACGGCUACGGCCCAUACGGCUGCGGCUACGGCCUGCAGCUGCCGCCCUACGCGCCGCCCUCUGCCCUCUUCGCUGCCGCCGCCGCCGCCGCCGCUGCCGCCGCCGCCUUCCACCCGCACUCGCCCCCGCCGCCUCCGCCGCCGCCGCCCCCGCCGCACGGCGCGGCCGCCGAGCUGGCCCGGACCGCCUUCGGCUACCGGCCGCACCCGCUCAGCGCCCCCUUGCCCGGCCCCCUGCAGGCCUCGGCGGCCAAGGCGGGCGGCCCGGGCUCCUCGGCGCUGGCGCGCUCGCCCUUCUCCAUCGAGAGCAUCAUCGGAGGCAGCCUGGGCCCGGCUGCUGCGGCCGCCGCCGCCGCGCAGGCCUCGCCCUCGCCCUCUCCGAGGACGCCGUCCGCGCCCGCUCCCGGACCCGGCGGCGGCUGCGCGGCUCAGGCGGCCGUAGGCCCGGCGGCCGCGCUCACCCGCUCGCUGGUGGCUGCCGCAGCUGCCGCCGCCUCCUCCGUUUCCUCGUCGGCCGCCCUGGGAACUCUGCACCAAGGGACUGCCCUGUCCAGUGUGGAGAACUUUACCGCUAGGAUUUCAAAUUGUUAAUAACGCUAUGUUAGCGCGCUUGAGAAAGAGAAGGUAGGAAUCCCGGCUCCUUUAUUCAUCUUGGUGGUGCGGUGUUUUCUCGCUCCUUCUGGCGCGGGCCGUCCGACCUCGCCCCCCCAAGUUUCUCUGCUCGAGAUGCUCAGACGAGAACGGCAACAGCUUGGGCACGCUUUGGGGCUCAGUGGGUCCCUCUAUUUAUGCUAAGUUGCCCUCUGCUGAAGACCCCGACCCGGGGUGGAGAGGAAGAGUGUGCUAGCGGGGGGUCUGCCCUGCCUAGGCACGAGGGGCUUCCUUGAUUUUCGGGGGAUUUUUAAAAUUCUAAGCCUUUUGGGGGUCUGGAGAUUCUCAGGUCCAGGCGUUAAAAAAAGAAAAAAAGCCCACCAGUAAUGUUCAAGAAAAAUAAUACAAAACUAGUAUACGUCCCGAAGAAUGCCAGCGAAGCAAUAGUUUUUCAUUUGAGGACACUUGUCUGGUGUACUUUUUCAUGAAAAGGAAAAAGUGAUUAACAUGUUUACACAAGGAAAAAAGUCAAAUGAUAAUUUCUUACUUUAACCUGUGUUUUGUAUCAUAAUAGACAUGCGGAACUUUUGUACUUACUGCAUAUUCUUUACAAGGAGUAUUGUAAAUUUUACCGGCAAUUAUUAUUGUACUAUUCUAAUGUAAGAUUUUUACACUUUUUCAGAAAUAAAAUGCUUAAUUUUCAAAGAAAAUCCACCAAAAGAAUUGCCUUCAGUCGUCCCCUUCUAGUUUAUUUUUUCUGUUAAAAAAGUUAUGUGAGAUAAUUAAGAACCUAUUAUAAAAUAGAAAAUAUUUUCAAAGAGAAUUUGAGAAAAGCCUCAUGCCAUGAUUUUUCACGUGUACUAGCUAAGUCAAAACUAUUGCAGAUCAGAAACUACUUUAAAAUGAGUACAAAUAAAACAAGUUACUUUAGGGUACAUUUUCAAAUCUCAUCUAUUCCAUUUUGAAGUGAUGAGGCUAUUUAAAAUUAAUGCCACAGUUACCCAAAGAUAAUUUUAUAGAACUUUUAAUUUUAUUUUUGAGCUUCCCACUUGAUUUAAUUUCCACUUAACUUUCAGCACAAUAUUGUAUAUAUGUGUAAAAACUGCAACACAGUAUUGUAAUGGGAGCAAUAUGAGCAAAUAGACAAUUAUUGGUUCAAAAAAUUUAAUGCAGAUGAUCAGUUAAAACAGCUUUUAAAGUCCUGAAUAAGAAAAUAUUUACAUAUAUAAAGCAAUUGUAUUUGAAACUUCUAGUAUUUAAAGCUACUAUUUUCUUGACAGAAGGGAUUCCAGUAAUUGUAUAAAGCACUUUUUAUCCUCAAAGGCAAACUUAACAGCAAAUUUCUAGGGUAAAUGAGUAACAAGGUAUGUAGACAAAUACCCAAUUUUAGGAUAAUAUGCACUUUAAAGAACAAAAAUGAAUGCAUCAGGUGUUUAUUGAACUUAUAUUUAUACAAUUUUAAGAAAUUUAGGAUAUCUUUUUUCAAAUUUUAAGUUUUCAUUAACUACUUGUUGCAGAUAAUUUCUAGUUCUUUGAAAACAUGUGAGACUAAAGUUUUGAUGGCUAAAAAUGUUAUUGUGGGCUCCAAAUAAAACCAAGGUAUAUGUAAUAUGUCAUUUAAAUGCUUGAUAUCAGUGAGUUUCAGAGAGGAUUAAAUCUGUUUAUUAAAUGUUUUUUAUAUACCUGGACAGGUAUGUAUAUGAAGAUCUGGCAGAUUUAGCCUAGUAAGUUAAGGAAGACUGACUGCAUUAUAGCCCAACAUUUUGCAGUGACAUUCACUCUUGAUGCUAUGCCCUCUCGCCUCUUUUUGGGGGUGGGUGGGUAAAAACGGACUCUCACAGCUUGGAGAUUAAAUUCUGUUUUUUUCCCUAUGAAAUAUUUGGAACAGACUAUAGAGUUUAGACUAAACACACUUGCCCUUAAAUUUACCGCUAAAUAUAUAGGUACAAAUUAAAAUAUCAUUAGACCAAAAUCUUACAUGCAAAAGUCACUUUUACCCUAGCCGAGCUAAGAGAGAGGAGACCUUGGAACAGGGAAGGUCUGACUGCCACCACCGCCUCAGGGGGCGUUGGCAGGCGGACCGCAAACCGCAGAGGCAUUGGGGCGCACCUCGCCGCCUUAUGUGUCGCAUAGAUCUGAAAUUUAGACCCUGAAAGUAAUUAUGAAGAGAGCGAAAGAACAAAACCGUGUGUAUUAAUUAUUACUACUAUUACUAUUACUAUUUGCAUGAUGCUUGGAUGUCCUGAAAGCAGGAAUCCCUGAAUCCUCUCAGAUUCCCGUAUUUUUAAAAAAGUGCCUGGACGGGCUCCAUCUCCAGGUUGUCAAUGCUUUUAGGACGAUGGCAAGAAGGCACUGAACGAUCCCGCGCUGUCCUCGCGCGGGCUCCGAAACUGGGGUCCCGCUUCAUCCGCGUCCUCUAAGCAAAUGUAAAUAUGACACGCCUGCUUCAGUCUCGAGUUUGGCGUCCUGUGAGUUCAGCCUUUCCACCCUCAGGAUUUGGGGUUCCACCGUAGGCUUCCCUGACCCUGCGGGCCUGGCCGGCGAGCAGCUGAGAUAUGGGGAAGGGAAGGCCCCAGGGCAGGCGAGUGUAGGUCCGUGGGCCGUGGACCCCGCGAACCAGGAGCGCAGGGUGCGCCCCGUCAGGCCGCGCGGGCGAGCAGGUGCUGGAACAAUGGCCGCCCGGCUACCAUGGCCUUUGAUGGGCAAGGACGUCUCUUCCCGGGGCUCCUCAUUCGCAUGCAAAUCCAGCGCUGGUCCCUUUUUCUUUGAAGGCAAACAGAAGGAUGUUUGUGUGUUUGUAAGGACGAAGCCUGCUUGAACAGCCUCCCUCAAUAGGCUGGGUCUCGAAAAAUAAACCAGUUGGACAAACAUUGGCCACCAACUCUCCUCCUCCCGACUACAAAGUGUGGAUUUGCUACAACUCAUUAACCCGACGCUUUUCUCCUCUUCUCCUUGUUUCUCUGCUCAUCAAACGCCCCCGUGGAGCCUAGAGACAAAUGACCGAAGCGCAGUCGGGAGGGAAUUGCAGUUAAUAGGGAGAGGGAUAUAUUGGGGGCUAAUGGUUCAGGCAGCUCCUGGAGAAGGACCACACAAAAAGGAUCCUCUCCAUUCAGGACUCUGUUGUGCUGCGGAGAUUUAAUCUGCAGCUAGAUUUAGCCGAAUGUUGUCUAUUGCGGGGUAAUGAAGCCCCUAUGGAUUGAAUUGCUCCUUGUACCACACAUGGUGUCAUGACCUGAGAUGGUUUCUUGGUUGAUUUCUUUUUUCUCUAUUGCAUAAUAAUUUUCUUUAAAAUAAGAAGCUAGUGCUUCUGCUCAACAACGUGUUUCCUCUCCAUCCCCAUCCCGUGCAUUUAUUUAAGAGCCACUUCCCUUCCUCCUAAAAAAAGAAAAGAAAAAGAAAUUGGGGAGAAGGAAAAAAAAAUUGUGAGCAUCUUUCCCAUUUCUUCAUUCACUGAGGCAUCUGUGCAUCUCUACUUUACUUCUACAGCUCAACAGUCCUUUCCUGCCCAAAUUUCUGCUGAUGGAACUGGAAUUUUGAGUAUAUUUAUUAUCAAAAUUCUUACAGUGAAUGUAAUAAGCAUCCAUCUGGGAGAAAGAGUUCUGCCCUUCACAGUUGUUUCUUUUUUUUUUUUUUUAAUCUCAACAUCUCUUCCUGCCACCCUGUCCUUUGAGAAAGCUGGAAGAGGUGGUUAUUCUGAUGAAGGUGAUUAUUUUGAUGGAAUACCAGCCUGUGUCAUUUAUUAAAGGCUGUCGGAGGCCAGUGGUUAUGCUGUUUUGUUUUUCUCUCUGGCCCCAGUGGCUCUGAUUUCCUUGCUUGACUGAGGACCAAGCUUGGAGCAGUUAGCAGUAUUAUUACAACUGCUAUUGAUGGAUAAAUAUCUGAUCUUACUACCUAAAGCCAGGAAUUAAGAACUCUAGUUUUAGUUUUACAAUUCUCUGCUGGCUAUACAUUUUGCUCAGACCUGUUUUUAUUGCUAAUAAAAGUUAUUUGGGGGUAACUUAAAGGUCAUAUCAGCAUCAAACUCAAUCCAAAUCAGAAAUCUAACCAGGAACCAGCCUGAGUAACUGUGGAAGUAAUUGAAAUGCCAGGGGUCCCGUUCUCCCUUUAGAACUUAACCAGACAAGGACAAGCCUGAGAGCAGAGGACAAGUGAAGUGAGCCCUACAUUGUCAGCAUCCAUUCUUGUCUCUAUCGGUUUCCUGGCGUUGCAGCUGGGUCACACAUAUACACACACAGGCAUGCACACUCAUUGCUCAUCAGCUGCCACCCGCUUCCCUUCUCUCCUAUGAUUUUGUAAUUAGGCAUAUGCUUUUUGUUGGUAAAUGUGUUUGAUGUCACUUCCAGUGAAACGUGCAGUGUUUGUAGGGCCACGAAUGUAAAUGUGUAAAUAUGUUUAGUGUAAAAUCUGGCCCUUCGACUUUAGCAAUAAAUACCCUGCCAAUUCAGAUAUAAUUGCAUUUGACAGAAAGAUGGAGAAUCUGAUCAUGACCAGCUGCUCAGGGCUCUUUGGGGCUUAUACUUUCCCAACUUAUUUCGCUUUUCAGAUCAUUUCUUUGCAUGUCUCAUCUCUCUAUAAUCACAUCUUUCCCUUGAUAUGGACAGCUCGGGCUCCUUUCUUUUUAUUGUUGAACCCUCUGGCAUGCAGGAAACUUCCUGGUUCAUUUCUCCUGCUUCUGUGCCAGGAAAAUACUAUUCACUAACAAGGGAAAAAACAAACCCCAAUAAGCAAAAAACAAAACACCACAGAGAAAACAACUGAUUAUUAUCAUCAAUCGCACUUCUGAGUCUUGAAUUUCCCUGUGUGAUAAGAUGGCUAGGAAGAGAAAUGAGGAUAAAGACAGUGAGCUUCUGACCCAUGUAAUUUUUCUUGUCGGUAUUAUAAUCAUCCUAACUUUUAAAAUUGCUUUGACUACUCAACUUUUAGAAGUUAACAUUUUAGGGAAGUAUAAUAUAUAUACAGAAAAAUGAACAAAUCUUAACCACUUUUCACAAAGUGGACAAACCCGUGUAAACAGCAUCAGUUCAUGCAGGGGAUGUUACCAGCACUCCAGAAACCUCCCUCCUGUCAGUUCCAGUAACCAUCCUCAGCACAAAUUAACUUUUAAAAAGGACUUUCACUAAUAUUUCUCUCAAGUGCACUGUGAAAUAAUGAGGACAAGAAUUAUUAUUGACCUCAUUUUACAAAUAAAGAUAUCAAGACUCCAAAGUUAUGAAGUGACUUUCCCAAGGUCACAGCUACUGGGACUUCAACAUUUUAAUCCCAUUUUAUUUCUUUUACACCACACUGCCACUUUGUUGCCGUCAUUGUCAUUGUGAUUUAUUAAACACCCACUGUGGCAGGGCAAUUCUCUUAGAGGUCAGAGUGUAGAAGAGACAUUUAUUUCUUAUGCACCUUUUUGCUUUCUUGUUAGAACAGCUGCCACCUCCACUCAGAUAUUCCCAGAGAUAACCCAGCCCCUUGCUUUAGAUGCAUUUGAAAUCUAUGGCAACUAUCUCAGAUGUUUCCAUUUCCUCUACCUCUGUUCUGUGAGACACUCUGCUA